GGCUAUAAAUUUUAUGCUUUGCAGACUAUGUCUUCUGCAGUGGUACAGUUGUAUGCUGCGGAUCGGAACUGUAUGUGGUCAAAGAAGUGCAGUGGUGUUGCUUGUCUUGUUAAGGACAAUCCUCAGAGAUCUUAUUUUUUAAGAAUAUUUGACAUUAAGGAUGGGAAACUUUUGUGGGAACAAGAACUAUACAAUAACUUUGUAUAUAAUAGUCCUAGAGGAUAUUUUCAUACUUUUGCUGGAGAUACUUGUCAAGUUGCUCUUAAUUUUGCCAAUGAAGAAGAAGCAAAAAAGUUUCGAAAAGCAGUUACAGACCUGUUGAGCCGGCGACAAAGGAAAUCUGAGAAAAGACGAGACCCCCCAAAUGGUCCUAAUCUGCCCAUGGCUACAGUAGACAUAAAAAAUCCAGAAAUCACAACAAAUAGGUUUUAUGGUCCGCAAGUCAACAAUAUCUCCCAUACCAAAGAAAAGAAGAAAGGAAAAGCUAAAAAGAAGAGAUUAACCAAGGCAGAUAUUGGAACACCAAGCAAUUUCCAACACAUUGGACAUGUUGGGUGGGAUCCAAAUACAGGCUUUGAUCUGAAUAAUUUGGAUCCAGAAUUGAAGAAUCUUUUUGACAUGUGUGGCAUCUCAGAGGCACAGCUUAAAGACAGAGAAACAUCAAAAGUUAUAUAUGACUUCAUUGAAAAAACAGGAGGUGUGGAAGCUGUUAAAAAUGAACUACGAAGGCAAGCACCACCACCUCCACCACCAUCACGAGGUGGCCCUCCUCCCCCUCCCCCCCCUCCACACAGUUCAGGGCCUCCUCCUCCCCCUGCCAGAGGAAGAGGUGCUCCUCCUCCACCACCUUCAAGAGCUCCUACCGCUGCACCUCCACCACCCCCUUCCAGACCCGGAGUGGGUAUCCCACCACCACCGCCAAACAGGAUGUAUCCUCCUCCACCUCCAGCCCUUCCCUCCUCAGCACCUUCAGGGCCUCCACCACCACCUCCACCUCUUUCGGUGACAACAGGGUCAGUGGUACCACCCCUACCGCCUCCACCUCCGCCUCCACCUGGGCCACCACCUCCCCCUGGCCUCCCAUCUGAUGGGGACCAUCAAGUUCCACCACCAGCAGGAAGCAAAGCAGCUCUUUUAGAUCAAAUCAGAGAGGGUGCUCAGCUAAAAAAAGUGGAACAGAACAGUCGACCGGUGUCCUGCUCUGGAAGGGAUGCACUUUUAGACCAGAUACGACAGGGUAUUCAACUGAAAUCUGUGUCUGACGGCCAAGAGUCUGCCCCGCCGACACCUGCACCCACCUCAGGGAUUGUGGGUGCGCUGAUGGAAGUGAUGCAGAAGAGGAGCAAAGCCAUUCACUCUUCAGAUGAAGAUGAAGAUGAAGAUGAUGAAGAAGAUUUUGAGGAUGAUGAUGAAUGGGAAGACUGAGCUAUAUAUUAUAUAUAUAUUUUUAAGGUGAAAUACUAAACACUACUUUCUGUCUAUGAAUUCUGUAAAAUUACCAUGUAAAUGUUCUACCAAUUUGCUGUAUAUUUUUGUUGCCUUUUUUGCUUUUUUUAUUAAUCUGUGCAAUACCUCAUUUAAUCUGUAAAGGUUUGUCGUAAUACUCUACAAAGCUGUACUCCCUGUGACUGUGUGCAAGUUUACACCAGGAUGCUCACCUGAUUUGUGAAUAUAUUUCAUUCCAUCAACAAGGGAGUUUAAAUAUUAUGUGUGAGACUGACAAAAACCUUAAUGUAAUUUAGUUAUAAUGCCAGAAGGAAAACACUAUUUUCAUACCCUACUUUUUCUGUACCUAAAUUUUCUUAUUGAAAUCUAGUAUAGCACUACAUUCUUUUGUAAGUGAUGUAACUUUAGUUUCUUUAGCCCCUUCAUUUCGAAUACAGUGCUACAUGUGAAUAUCGAAGCCAACACAUUGCACAGUUCUGUAGACACUACAUUGAUACAAUUUUUCAAAUUUUAGCAAUAUGCUUUUCAUAGAGUCACGGUUACAGAGAUACUAAUGAGGAAAAUCAUAACACACCUCUUCUAGCAAUAUUACCUGUUCCUGAUACAGCAGAGGUGUUUGCAGGCUGUAAUCCCAAGGAACCCUUACAUACCUGGACUCAACUGAGGUUUUUUUUAUGUUGUAGCAAGUGUGGCAGGUUCUUUUAGGCAAAAAUUUUUUGAAAAGGUAUUGGCAUUAUUCUGAAAAAUGAUUUAAGUUGGAAGUUUCUGGGUUUUAUUCUUCGUGAACUACUCCAAUAUUCCUUUAAAAUGCUAUUUAAAUCAGAACAUCAUUUAAAUGGUGUGGAAUUAUUUUUAUUUUUUCGCUUGUAUGAACCAUAAAAAAUCAAAUUCCUGGCAAAAUUACACACUGAAAUGCUGAAUUUAUCAUGUUGUGUAUUUUUAUUUUGGCAGUUUCUCAAGGUUUUUACAAAAAUCAGGUUAAGGGUUCCAUUUUUUUAAAAAAGAUUGAUGGUCCAGUGUCACAUGUCUUGAACAUUUAACUGAUUUGAUAGAUUUUUUGUUCGUUUGUUUAAUAAAACUUUGCAUCCUGCACAUUUGUUAGACAUACUGAAUGGUAUGUUAAAUUAGGGGUUCCUUGCCUCUGAACGAUACACUAAUCUGCCUAAAGGGGUUGUUUCGUAUUUAUAGUGCUAAUUAUCAUGCCUACCUACUUUAAAUUUUAGGUAAAAAAUUAUUUGAUUUAAAUACAUAUUUUCUCACAUUGAGUCAUAUGCAGAAUGUAGUUCCAAAUGUAUUUCAGUACUAUAGUUACAAUAUCCAACUAAAAAUUAUGCUAUAUAGAAUUGUUCCGACCAAAAUCUAGUAUUGGCUUGAUCUUGACAGGCUGGACCUGCAAGAUGUGGCUUGAAUUUUAACCAGUUUAUCACAUACUCUCUAGUGAUCAUUCAUCUAGGUAUCGUAAAAAUAAUUUAAAAGGUUUGGUUGCUGAAAGCAGUAAGUGGUGCAGUAAAGUAGUUAAGUUAUUCAAAGAAUGUUACCUCCUUGCAGGAGUAAUUUGAGCACAUGGGAAAGACUCUCGACUUUUGUUUAUUGUAAACACAGUACCCUUUGCUGCUAAGAAACCUUUUCCUGCUUAUGAUCAUUUUAAUUGUGGCUUGAGCUCACUGAGUUUGGUGUGGACGAGACUGAACAGAUACUGACCAAUAAAAUUAAGAAUUUGUGCAAAUGGGAAAUAGAACAAUAUGUUUAUUUUAAGUAAUAAUGUAAAAGCAUUUUUACCUUGACAUCAUAAAAACAUUUUAAGUUAUCUUUGAGAUAAUGCCAAUACAAGAUAUCUCUUAACUUUGGACCAAAGAACUACGGGUUUUUCAGCUAACUUUGGUAAGAUAAAUGUAUAUUAGAAGCUUCUCUGAGUAGAAGAUAUCAAUUCUUUGAGUUAGGAGCACAACAUGUAAGAUGAAUAUAUAAUUUACCAAGGUAAUUGAGUUUAUUCUUUUUUCUUUAAAAAAAAAAAGACUUUUUGUUGUUACUGCAUAAAGUCUAAAUUACUAUUGGUUGAAACACAACUGUGGAAUUCAGUCUGGGCAUGAAGAUUAAAUCUGCUUUACCAAGUAAGAUGUAAGGUUGCAUGUUUCAGUCCUCCACUGUCUUGCGCUGUGGGCAGCUCUACCUAGGCAUUGUCUGAAAGCCUCCUGUGUAUACUCCAGCUAAAUAAUUGUCUGGUAGCCUUUGCCUUUAACAAAUGAGCAUGAGGCUUUUUAUAUCUAAAUGCUGUGUGAUAGACAAUUUCAGCUAGCCACAUACUGUAUGUAUGAGAUUCAUAAAGAUUUUCAAUCAUUCAUUUCCAUUUAUCAACUGAAAUUUUGUUUAGUAUGUGAAUUUUUUUUGAAAUGUAUAGUGAAUAGGAUGUUGCACUGGUGGCAAUUCAUCAUGGAACAUAAUAAAAUUAAUUUGACCCAAACAAUAUAA